AUGAUUAUCUCUCCACGACUUGUUCUCCUACUCUUGUGCAUCGUGGACAUUGCAUGGUCUCUAUCGACUGAUCAAUUAGCACUUCUAGAAUCAACAAUUAAUGAGAACAGCUGUGAAUUCUACAGUAGUCUAGAAAAACUGAUGCCGUGUGGUAAAAAUGGCUAUGUCAUUGGUUUUGGCUACAGAUAUUGUGAAGCAUAUUUAGAUGCACGAAAUGAAUUCAAUGAUACCAAAUGGCAAAAUGGCGUUCGUGUAUGUCUUCAACGAACUAUGCUCUCGAAACUUCCGACUAUUUCUGAAGCUUCCUGUUCGCAAAUUAGUGAGUGGGGUUUCGAUUCGCAUUUUGGCUGCUAUAUGCAUCCGAUUCCUGACUCACCAGAAAUCAACUUCUGUCAUCUCAAAUCAAUGGACAUUAUCAAAAUCGGAUGGAUUGCGACGAGUAAAUUAUUGAAACAAGAAGUGUUAAAUCAAUUUCUUAAACUAAUCAAACAAUGUACCACUCAUAAUUAA